AUGUGGCUGGAAGAAUGUGACAGCUUUGCGGAAUUAUGUCGGGGAUAUCUACCAUAUUAUUUACUUAUCAUUUUACCGAUCUUUAUUAUUAUCUCCCCGGUCAACCCAGUUACGGCAUCGCAUGAGUUUCCCGUGUAUCGGAUGCACCAGUAUGACUUGCACGGUGAACCUCACGGUUGCCGCAACGCUCCAAUUUCAUUAGAGGCGAGGUCUCUUACUGGAUGGAGCACUUCCAGGCACUGUGUAGUUGCGCGAGCCUUGGAUCUCACGCCAACCCUGUUCCAUACCAUUAAAAAUAAGGCCGGUGCUCUCAUAGUCGUUUUACCAGAAAGGAUCAAUGACCUGACAUCAGAGGAGAGACAGCAUAUUAUGAUCCUUGAAGAGUCUAUGAUAUUUGGACCAGAAACAAUGAUACCAGUUUACUUUGCUAAAUGGCACCCAAGUCUGCAGACAAUUCUAAAUGACCUCUCUCAUGGAUUUAUUACUGAUGAGAAAGCUGGUUCUGCUGCAGAGGCAAUGUUUAACUCUAUAUCUGCCAGUGGUUAUCAAGUAGUUGUGCCAUCUGGUCAAGCACUUAUUAAAACAGAUGUUAAAGUGGCUACAUUACAUGGUAAACUGGCUGGUACCAGAGAAGAUGAGAAAUUGCCAACAAUAGCUUUGGUGACACAUUAUGAUAGUACAGGAGUUGCACCUGAAUUGUCUUUCGGAGCAGACAGCAAUGCAUCAGGAGUAGCUAUGUUAUUAGAAAUAGCAAGAUUGUUCUCUAUCUUGUAUUCUACCAGCAGAUCAAGGCCACAGUACAACCUUGUCUUUAUUGUAACUGGUGCUGGCAAACUUAAUUAUCAAGGUAGUAAAAAAUGGUUGGAGGAUCAGUUGGAUGGCCUUGAAGGCUCAGUAAUACAAGAUGCAGCAUACGUUGUUUGCUUCGACACAGUAUCCACGGACGAAAAUCUAUAUGUACAUGUGUCGAAACCACCGAAAGAAAAUUCUACCGGCGGUCACUUCUAUAAAGAAUUAAAGACUGUCUCCGAAACGUUCAAUAAAACUACUGUGGAAGGUGUACACAAAAAAAUAAAUCUGGCUGAUAAAACACUGGCUUGGGAGCAUGAAAGAUACAGUAUGAGAAGGUUACCAGCUACAACUCUGUCCACGCUCAAGAGCCAUGAAGAUCCAAUUAGGACAACAAUCUUAGACUUAAUAAAAGCAGGGCAAAUAGAUAGGCUGCAUAAGCACACCCAAGUAGUAGCUGAAGCAUUAGCAAGGCAUAUAUAUAACUUAAGCUCUAGUCAGAUUUUUACCGAUCCAUUGGAGGUAUCGAAAGAAUCAUUAUCGUUAUGGUUUGGUUAUUUAGCGUCGCAGCCUAGAGCUGCUCCCUUAUUGGCAGACAAAAAUAAUAUGUUAAUUACUACGUUAAAAGAAGCAAUGGCCAGAUAUCUUGGGGAUGUUAAAGUUACCUUGCAUACUCCUGAUAAACAGGAUCCAGAAUUUGUAUUUUACGAUGUUACCAAGGCUACACUGAAUGUGUACAGUGUAAAACCAGCUGUAUUUGAUCUUUUUCUCACAAUCGCCAUCAUUAUCUACCUAGGAAUGGUUUACGUGAUCGUACAUAAUUUUCCGCACGCAUAUUCCUUAGCAACUCGACUUUCCGUCAAGAGCAAGGCAUCAUAAGGUGUUCACCGAAGUUAAAGUUUCUUUACUGUAAAGAUAAACUCGAUACACAAAUUUUUUGAGAAAUACUAAUACAUAUAUCGAGCAUUAUAGGUGUAAAUUGGAGAUCAUACGAAGUUACAUGUAUAUUGAUUUUGAUCAUAUUAAUCUUGAAUUAAAGCUAUCUACCAUUUUA